AAACCAUUGAAAAUUUUGCGAUUUUCUCGACGCCAGUCGAUUCCCCGGUUUAUUUUACGUAGGUUUACAUCAAAAUAGUUCCACUUUUCCGUAAUUGAGAAAAUAAAAAAACAGAAAUUUGUCAUCACAAAUAAAUGAUGAGUUGUAUGCGUGUUAGUAGUAUAAGCGAACAAUUAGUGCUAAUGAGGUCAUUAUCUAAUGACCGCUGCAACUUUCUCUUAAUGACCGCUACACUUUGGCCGCUACAAUUUUGCUAUAUGUCAUACAAUAUAUAAGACCAAAGAAAAUUUAGGAAAAUAUUCAGUGUUGUUCUCGUGUUUGUUCUUGAAGAAGACGUCUUGGUGUAUUGUGAAAUUAAGAUGCCUGGAAAACGUGUAUCUUCUAUGCCAUUGAAAAAAUCAUCUCCGAAGCGUUUUAAAGCCCCAGGUGAUGGUGGAUGUGUAGAAGAAGAGGAAAUUAGUGAAUUUACCAACCUGCAACCCUCAACAUCUAAGGCAACAGAAUCAGUGAAUGCUUUAAAAAGACGCCUCCCUAACUUCGAAGAUGGUCCUUUAGAUACACUUGUAAAUCAAAUCGGUGCUGGUCAAAUUGACGAUAAUGAAGUCUUUGAAAAUUUUGCUGAUGAAUUUAACUUUAUUAAUAAAAAUGGAGAAAAUGAAUCAUUCAUAAAAAAGUUUAAUACAUUAGCGAGACGUAUGAGGUUUUCCUUUAAAGAUAAUGCGCCGGAGAAUCCAAUUGAAUGGAUGCAAAAUGCAAUUGAAGAACUGUUGGCGCACAUUUUUAGAGGAUUUUCAAGUGAUGACUAUGUCGGCUUAGUUCUCGAAAAUGAAGAAUUCCCCGAGCGACCUGUUUACAUUUCCUUCCGCAAAUUAUCCCAAUAUAAUGUCGCAAUGGUGAUGGAAACUGUAGGAAAUGUUCUUCAGAGCAAUCGUGCGUUCUUUGUUAAUGAUCGUUUAUCGAUACGGGUGGACAGGGUGGCUUUACCUGUGGGAAAAGGAUUUCGUACCGCCACCGAUGGAUUAGCCGUAAGUUAUAAUGAACAUUGUCUUAGUAAAAAUUAAUAAAUAAAUAAAUAAAUCUAAUAAAUAUGA